AUGACUGGUAGGAACUUUUGUGCCGACACAUGUGAAUCGUGCAAAGCCUUUUUUCGGAGAACAGCCCUCAAAACUACCGUAUUGCACUGCGCCUCCAAUGGGUUGUGUAAAAUCAAUGUUCAAACCCGUAAACUAUGUCAAAAAUGUAGACUUCAAAAAUGUUUGGCAAUCGGAAUGCAAAUUGAACUCAUUAGAAGCGAAACCCAGAAUGAGUACAGAAAACAAAUAUAUAGAGAUAAACAGCAGAAAAAAUUAUUGGAUAAAAAGCUAAAUAAUUGUAACGAUUUGUCGGACACGGACUCAAACCUAUCAAAACCGGAUUCAAUAGGAAUUUAUAGCAAUUACAGCAAUGAAAGCAAAGAAAUUGAUGAAUGGAUUGACAGUAUAGACGAUAAAGAGCUGAGCGAACAGAUCGACGAAAUCAAGCGCUGUUUAACGGAAGAGACGGAAGCGAUGAAACAAAUCCGGCAAAAGUCGGCUGCGAUGGCAAUCGUACCGAUAGUCAAACCAAUUGUCGACUACUGCGGCAUAAAUCAGUUGGAGAGCAGUCGCAUGACUGAGUUGUCCGACGCGUGCCUAAUAUUCAAUUACCAAUUGAGUGACAAUAGGGUGACCACAACAGGUCAUCUAGAGAUGAUGAUUUUGACCAACCGGAUAUUUGAAGUUCAAAUUCAAAACGUGAUCACUUUUACCAAGCAUUUGCCAGGGUUUCAAAAGUUUUGCGCCGACGACCAGUUGGCGCUCGAUGAGAAUAGCACCCUGUCAAUUACUUUAGGUGCCUUUAGUGAUCAACGACCGAAUACACACGAAAUGUUACUGAUAUUACUCAGUAAACUAUUACCCGAAUGGGACCAUGAUCCUAUUUUAAUGGAUCUGUUAACUGCAAUUGUUUUACUUAACCCAAAGCGACCGAAUCUAUCGCAUAAAACCAGUAUUAAACUCGAACAACAACUGUAUAUAUAUUUACUGCAAAGAUAUCUACUAUUAAAGUGCGGAUCGGAAUCGGAGUCCAAACCGAGACUACAGGCGCUCAUGAAUUCAUUAACCGAUCUCUCAAUUACUGCCGAAACCCAUAAACGCUAUGAAUUGGCAGAAGUGGCCGAAAAUCAUACACUCAUUCAAUAUUACGGCCCAUUAUUUAGAGAGAUAUAUGAUAUAUAA